GAAGAGAACAGUAUCAGCUUCCCCUUCCAGGGCGGUCUCCUACGUCAUAUGUUGACGACGUGCACGUUUUUUUUUUUUUAGCUAAGUGAUCAUUUUUACGAACACAAGAGCGAUAAAUCUGAAAUAAAAUUCAAUAAAAUGUGAAGUGACACGAACCAAUUGGUGAAUCAAGGUUCGAAAUUACUUGGCAUUAUCUCAGAAGUUGUCAGCGUUUAAUAGACUUAAAUGGAAUACGGAGUACAAGACUAGGUCGGGUUGGGCUGCGCGACUUUAGCAAGUUAACGAGCCACUAGUAUAAGCAGGGUAAUUCUUAUGCGAAACAGCAAAUUUGACUGCGUUUUUUUUUUAUAUGCGACGUGUCGAAUUGUCGCUGAUGUAAAAUAUUACUUCCGUUAGUUGCGUGAAUUAGGUCGGGUCAUUAGAUAUCGGUGGAAGGCUGCUUCCGAAGUGAUUACGCAUUUAGCCUGUGUUAGCAUUCUCAUUACAUUGCAGUUUGUUCGUGUGCACAGUUGAUCGUUUUGGUGAACCCUACACCCCAGGAAUAUGGCGCCGCGCUUACAGUUGGAAAAAGCGGCUUGGCGUUGGGUGGAAUCUGUCAAACCUGAAGAUAUCAGACAGGAGCAUAUCGAGCUAGCGUACCGCAUCAGUCUUGCGGCCUGCAAGAGAGGAACCUGCAGGAGGAACUGUAAAGGCAACCCCAACUGUCUUGUUGGCAUUGGGGAACAGACGUGGCUUGGGGAGAUUGAUGAAAAUUCUUUCCACAAUAUUGAUGACCCAAAUUCAGAGCGAAGAGAUAAGAACACGUUUGUUGGUUUGACCAAUCUGGGUGCGACGUGCUAUGUCAACACCUUCCUGCAGGUGUGGUUCCACAACCUUGAGUUGCGAAGAAGCCUCUAUCAGUACUACAAUUCCCGUGCAGAGGAGCACAACACAGAGUCAGAUUAUGAACCUGAGUCCAUUUGUGAGCAUCUGCAAUAUUUGUUUGCACUACUACAGAACAGUAACAGAAAAUACAUCGAUCCUUCAGGGCUGGUUAAAGCUCUUGGCUUAGACACUGGGCAGCAGCAAGAUGCCCAGGAGUUCUCAAAGCUCUUCUUGUCCUUGUUGGAGGACACAUUGUCCAAGCAGAAGAACCCAAUCCUGCAAAAUGUCAUUCAGCAGCAAUUCUGUGGACAGUUCUCCUAUGUAACUGUCUGUAACCAAUGUGGGCGAUCGUCUGCGCUGCCUUCCAGAUUCUAUGAACUGGAAUUGAAUAUUCAGGGCCACAAGAACCUUACAGAAUGUGUUACAGAAUUUCUGAAGGAUGAGAAACUAGAUGGAGACAACCGCUACUUCUGUGAAAGCUGUCAAAGUAAACAGAACGCCACCCGGAGGAUCAGACUGCACAGUCUCCCUCCCACCCUCAACCUGCAGCUCAUGCGCUUUGUCUUUGACAGACAAACGGGGCACAAGAAGAAACUCAACACCUACAUCAGUUUCCCUGAGCAACUGGACAUGGCGCCUUUUUUUGAAGUCACAAAAGAUCAGAAGUGUGUGUAUGAACUGAGUGCAGUGCUGAUCCACCGUGGCAUCAGUGCCUACUCAGGACAUUAUAUUGCCCAUGUGAAAGACGCUCGUACCAGCGACUGGUACAAAUUCAAUGAUGAAGAAAUUGAAAAGAUGGAAGGCAAGAAGCUGCAAUUGGGUAGAGAAGAUGAUAUUGCUGAAACAGUGAAGUCUCAGACACGAAAACCCAAGUGCAGCAAAGGCUACCACUGCUCCAGAAAUGCCUACAUGUUGGUGUAUAAAGUCCAGGAAGAGGAAACCGCAGAUCCUGCUGUGGCCCCAGUUCAAGUGCCUGAGUUCCUUCAGAGGUUGGUGGACCAAGACAACCAUAAAUUUGAGGAGUGGUGCAGUGAAAUGUCGGACAUGAGGAAACAGAGUGUGGAUAAGGGCAAAGCGAAGCACGAAGAAGUGAAGGAGCUGUACGAGCUGUUACCUGCAAGAGAAGGAGAGCCGUACGAGUUUAUUCCUCUGGAUUGGUUGAAGAAGUGGCUGGAUGACUCUACCGCCACCAAGAAAAUCGACAACUCACACUUCCUGUGUUCUCAUGGCAAACUACAUCCCGACAAAGUGGGAGAUGUCAAGAGGGUUUCUCAGACAGCUGGGCAGGCCCUAUUCGAGCGCUACGGUGGAGGGCCAAGGCUUGAUGGCUCCACUCUAUGCCGAGAGUGUGUAGAACAGCGAUGCAGGGUCUUACGCCUAAAGAAUCAACUUCAUGAGGACUACAAGGAAGUCUCCAAUCUGGUCAAGCGUACCAUCAGUGGAGAAGGUUACUGGGUGGGCAAAGCCUCCUUGCGCAGUUGGAGGCAGUUGGCUCUGGAGCAACUGGAGAAGGAUGAACAUGAAAGCGAACCGAGCAAUGGUCAAAGCAACGGGAAUGGCUCACAUGCCCACAACAGCCAGGACUGCAGUCCUGAGGUCUCAGAGGGCAACGAGGAGGAGAUGAAGACAUUUAAUGAGGACAUUGUCUGCAGCCACGGAGGUCUGAGUAUUCUGGACACAGAACGUAAACUGGUUUCUUCUGAAGUUUGGACCAAGCUGAGGGCAUACUUCCCCAAAGCCCUUGAAUUUACCCAAGACCAAAGUCCCUGUCCGCAGUGUCUGACACUAGAACAGGAAGAAAAGGACAAUGAGGCUGUGAGUAAAAUGAUGGCUCUGGACCAGAAGAACCAGCUACUCAACCUUUUCCAUGAGAAAAACCGGCCUACCCUCACCAAGUGGCCCCAGGACACAGACAUACUCUAUGUUGUCCCUCUGUUUUUUGUGGAUGAAUGGAGAAAAUUUAUCAGAAGACCCACUAAAUCCUCCCCAGUGUCCAGUGUGGGCAACAACCUCCUUGUAUGUCCACAUGGAGGCUUCAUGUUCACCUAUGACUCCCUGAUCAACGGAGAUGCACAACACAUUGUUCUGCUCUGGCCCAGUGAAUGGGAGGUAAUCAGCAAACUCUUCAUUGUGGACCAGCCCAUCUCCAUCAACUGCGUCAAACAGACCACACCCACGGGUCCCACCACUAAAUACACCACCCAGCCUGAUCUCUGCUGGGAGUGCAGAGAGGGCUUCCUUUUCCAGCAGCAGAAAGACCUCAGAGAGUACACCCAAGCCACAAUUUACAUCCGCAAAAUCAUAGAAGACAAACGGAUGAUUAAAGAAGCUGUUCCUGAGCUGAACGCCAGCAGCUCUGAGGCAGAGGAGGAGAAGGAAGAGCAACCAAAGGUAGCUGGUGAGAGAGAUCCAGACUUCAGCCAGUCAGAAGAUGGCGCAAAGCGGCUUAAACUAAGUGACGGCAGCACCCCAGAAGGAGCGGCUUCUCCAGGAACCAACAACACUAAACUCGGUGGCAUCAGGAGAAGCACUCGGCACCGGAAACUCAGAGGUGAAAAAGCCCUCAUUGUGUCUGCAAAUCAGACCCUCAAAGAGCUGAAAAUUCAGAUAAUGCAUGCCUUCUCUGUGGCACCGUUUGACCAAAACCUCUCCAUUGAUGGGAAAGGUCUGACUGAUGACUCGGCCACAUUGGGAAGUUUGGGCGUCAUCCCAGAGAGUAUCAUCUCUCUAAAGGCUGAUGAGCCAAUCGCUGAUUUUGCAGCCAUGGAUGACGUCUAUCAAGUGGGAAUGCCAGAAGAGGGAUUUAAAGGCACUGGGCUUCUUGGACAUUGAAGACAAAAUCUUUGAUGUCACCAUGUUUGAGUUGAGCCAUGCUUUAAUUUAUCAAGUGUCAAUGUAUAAAGAAGUGCUUUAUUUUUUUCAGUAGCCAUUGUUGAAUGGUGACAGUGAUUAUGCUGGAAGCCAGCUAUUUUUUUUUUCCUGCUUAAGGCAAGUUCUCAAUCGUUGUCUCCGGACUUUUGUUGCACUUCUGGCUCAAUGCAGAUUAAUACAAUUCAGUGCAUAUGUUGUCUUCCCUUAUGUUCUACAGUUUUGUCGUUUGGAAUUUUAAAUUAUGGAAGAAAGUACAGUGUUCUGUUCAUGUGAAAACUUGUUUAACUUGUACUCUCACUUGAGAUUAUCCAGGUGUGUUACGUGAAUGCACAAAUAUGUAAAAAAAUAUUGUUACCUCACCAUAUGUUGUAUAGCAGUUAUUUCCUACAGAAAUGUUAGUAAUGCAAACCUUAUUGGUUGAAAGUUUGGAACUGAAUGCAAGCAGUGUACUGUUAUUUCCACUGUUAUUUCUUAUUGACAAUAAAGUUAUUUUUCAAAUCAUUC